GCACAAUUCAAAUAGGUGAAGAAUAAGCAUGGUUCACCAGUUAUCAUUAGUGUCGAGCAUACCGCAUAGUAGCUAUAUACAAACAGUAUCGACUCUCCAGGCAUUGACGGGCUUAACGUCUCCACAACCGAUCAAUACUUAUACGCUUUUAACAAGACCCCAUGAUGUUUUCAAACCAAAGUUUGAACCAGGUAAAGUGAAUCAAAUUGAACAGUACCAUAUGCGAUGUACCACUACAUGGUCCGACGUUACAAGUGAAAACUUGGACAUUUCAAAACCAAUAAUGAAAAAUGAUGAAUCUAAUGAAAUAUAUGCUGAUAGGCUUUUCGUGGGUGAUGAUACAAAGAAAGAAUGGACUUUACAAAUAUCCGAUAUCCCAAACGCUGGGAAGAAUCAAGUCUGCUCAGCCCAAAACAUAUACGAAAGUACCUUGGUGCAUCAUCACACUAGUGUGGUGGAUAUUGAAAAAGUCUCGGUUGAAGAUAAACAGGAUGAUGCAAUGGAAAUUGAUGAACCAGUCAAAGAGGAACCAAAGAGUCAAACCAUGUCGGAAGAUUCUCCAUUAAAGAAGGAAGCAGACGACAAGCCAGAGCCAAACGAAGGUAAGCUGGAUGAAAGUAAACCCGAGGAAGGUAAAGCCGAUGAGAGUAAACCGGAUGAAAGUAAAGCUGACGAAAACAAAUCUGAUGAAAGUAAGUCAGAAAGUAAUUUGGAUAAGAGUAAACCCGAUGAAAUCAAGCCAGAAAGCAAGCCGGAAAGCAAGCCCGAAAGUAAUACGGAAAGUAAGCCAGAUGAAAGUAAAGAAAUCAAGUCGGAAAAUCCAUCCGAACCAAUAGAAGUCUCAGAUCAGCCAAAGUUUAAAGAGGUCGAAGUCAAAAAAUACCAAGAUUCAUUUCUACAAUUCUUGGGGGAUUUAGGUUAUGACGUUGUAAAUCAAUACUGGAUCAAAGGUAUUAGAUUUUUCCAUGGUGAUAUUGUGAUUGAAAUUUUUAAAAUCUUUAUUAGAGAUGAUUCUCCAGUGCCCAGUAAUGGCAAAUUGAAACUCAAAUUACUCGAUGAAUCAAAUACUUUCCAAAUUAAAGCAUAUUUAAAUUUCCCUAAAUCUACAGAUGUUGAACCUAUAAAACAAGAAUGUAUAUGGACUCAAGAGUCUUAA